AUGGCUUCGUUUAUCAAAACCAUGGCUGCGGCCACUCUCGUCCUCAUGAUUUCUUCGGCUGACGCCCAUAUGAUAAUGAAGAGCCCAGUCCCAUAUGGCAAGUCUACUCUCAACAACUCGCCUCUUGUCGCGGAUGGCUCCGACUUUCCCUGCAAGCAGCGGACUGGUGUCUACGAUCUUGAAGGUGCCGAGAACGUCCUCGCCAUCGGUGAACCGCAGACUUUGAGCUUCACCGGCAGUGCGGUCCAUGGCGGUGGCUCGUGCCAAGUGAGCCUCACCACCGAUCUACAGCCCACCAAGGACUCCAAAUGGAUGGUCAUCAAGUCUAUCGAAGGUGGCUGUCCAGCUUCCGUCGCCGGCAACCUUCCUGCAGACCCCAACGGCGAUGGUGCCAGCACUUUCCAAUACACCAUCCCUGAAGGCAUAUCCCCAGGCCAAUACACCAUUGCAUGGUCAUGGAUCAACAAGAUUGGAAACAGAGAGUUCUACAUGAAUUGUGGCCCAGCAACCGUUACUGCCGCGAAGAAGAAGAGAUACGCACCCGCUCCCAAGAUCUCCAAGCGUCAAACUUCGUUCCCUGACAUGUUUGUGGCGAAUCUGGCCAGUGUCAACGACUGCACCACUCCUGAGUCGUUUGACUACGUCUACCCGAACCCAGGCCAAGUAGUGCAAUCGGCAGGAACCGGCCCUUACACUACCCUUUCUUGCGGUGCUGCUGGGGGAAGCGUCGCCGCUGAGCAACCUACUGCGAGCCCAGAUGCUGGAUCUGGAUCGGCUGCUGCCACUGUAGCUACAUCAGUCGCGACACAAGCAACUGGAGACGCCGGUGCUAGUUCUGUCGAGCCUACCUUUGCCGGUUCGGUGGACUCGCAGCCUACAGGCGGUUCCGGUCCAGGAGUCUUUGCCACAGGCGCAGCUUCUCCGAGCACCACCACCGAGACGCCCGAGGUUGUUCCCGUCAGCACCGCUGCUCCCGCCGCCACCGGAACAAGCUCGACUACCACCACGACCACAACUGGCACUCAAUCCGGGCCUUGCACCGACGAAGGCGCUUGGUCAUGCUCCGCGGAUGGGUCCAGCUUUCAGCGUUGCGCCAGUGGCACUUGGAGCGUCGCGCUCGCCAUGGAUGCAGGAAUGAAGUGCCAACCCGGAGUGUCCGACACCUUCGUAACACUCCCGGGCAAAGCCAAGCGCCACUCUCAUGGACAUCUACGCCGCAUGGCUGGACUUUUCGGCGGAUCUUACCAUUAG